CCCCUUCUUCCUCUUCACACGCCCUUCGUCCAUCUCUCUCUCGCGGCCAUGGAGAGAACUCUAAUUCAGAGACUGAAACUCGCCAUUCAGGGGAAACCGAGAACCGCGCCUCGCCAUAAAUCCCUAAUGCUCAACACAUUGCACAAAUCUUCUCCCGCCUCUUUCCGCCGGAGCCGGACGCAUCGCGACGCCCACCGCCGGAUCGGGAGGAAAUCGAGCCGCAUUGCGAAGACGAUUCGGCAGAAGGAGAGGCGAAACGGCGGCGUUUCCACCUCCGAGGAAGCCGAUGAGAAGGAGGCGGUGGAGCGGAAGAUUCGCGCGCUGCAGAGCAUUGUGCCUGGAGGGGAAUCGCUCGGCGUCGACAAGCUAUUUGAACAGACGGCUGAGUAUAUAAUGAAUUUGCAGCAUCAGGUGAAGGCCAUGAGAGCCCUCUCGAGCUUUUUCGAGACGUUGGAGAAGGAGAAAAGCAAGUGUGGAGGUUGAAGUUGCUUUUGAUUUUGAUUUUUUUUUUUUCCUUUUUUCUCUUCAUUAAGUUUAUUUUUUCUUUUUCCAAGUGAGGAAAGAUCAAGCGUUUGAUUCUCAGUCGCUCCAUCGUUUCCUCUGGGAUCAGGAUUUUGAAUCCUUUUCCUCUUUAUCUUCAUCUUCAUCUUUUAUACCACUUGCUGGUAAAUCUCUGUAGCUUUUGAAUGAAUAGAAAAUCAAAGUCGAUAUGGAUAGGGAUGACAGAUUAGGGUGAUAUUUCAACAAUGUGUUUAUGCUGUUUGAUAUUUCUGGGUAGAGCAUAUGUUUUCAAAUAUGAAGUUUGAAGAUUCGAACGGGACGUAAAUUUUUAA